GGAAAAAAAACAUCAGGUGUACGUUCAGUACAGAGUGUCUUUGUCCAUAUUGUUAUAUUAUGGAGCAUGUAUCAGUGUCACUUCUGCAUUUUGUUAGAAUGUGGAACUAUGCUUUUUUUUUCCUCAUCAUUUCUGUACACCCACAAUGAUGCUUUCUUAGCAUUUGAGCACAGUAGACCUUUAUACCAAGAUUGCUGAAGAACACAACUUUUUGAUCUUUGAAGACCGCAAAUUUGCUGACAUUGGAAACACGGUAACCAUGCAAUAUGAAGGAGGAAUUUUUCGCAUAUCGGACUGGGCCGAUAUUGUCAAUGCACAUGUAGUUCCUGGACCUGGAAUUGUUGAUGGCUUGAAGUUGAAGGGUUUGCCAAAAGGAAGAGGGCUACUUCUGCUUGCUGAAAUGAGCUCAGCUGGUAACCUUGCUCAGGGAGAUUACACUGCAGAAGCUGUAAAGUUUGCUGAGCAACAUUCCGAUUUUGUAAUGGGAUUUAUAUCAGUAAAUCCCGCAUCUUGGUUAACGACACCAUCAAGUCCAGCGUUUAUCCAUGCCACUCCUGGAGUUCAGACUGUUGCUGGAGGAGAUUCCCUUGGUCAACAGUACAAUACUCCUUGUUCGGUCAUAAACGAGAGAGGCAGUGAUAUAAUCAUAGUCGGGUGUGGGAUCAUAAAGGCGAGCAAUCCUGCUGAGGCCGCAAGGGAGUACCGCAUCCAGGGAUGGCAGGCCUACCACACCAGCUUGUCAUGAGAAAAAGUGCAGUGAGUUUCUGCAUUCAGGCCAUCGACACAAUAAGAGUAGUGAGUACCAAGCUCCCAGUCAUUGCUGUGUUCCAUGUGUGGACAUGCUUAGCAUCACGAUUCACCAAUAAUUAUGUAUCCAA